GCCGAGCGGGAAGCCCGCCCGUCUUCCGAUUGUGAAUGUGACAUCACAUCAUUUCAUUGCGUUUUUCCUUUUCGUUUUGCUUCUCAACAUUUGUUUGCGUUAGUGCCAUGGCGGGUUUGGAGCUGUUGUACUCCUGCUGUGGCGACGCCAUCUCGUGUCCGCAGGACGCCGUCGUGUGUUUCGUCCACUGGGAAGUGGUCAAAAGCGGAUACAAGUGCCUCGGCUCCGGGGACGAGGCGCUGAGCAGCGACAAGAAGUCGGAACUGCUGCCGUCGGGCUGGAGCAGUAACAAGGAGAUCUACACCCUGAGGUACGCCUCGGAGCCGGGAGACGCUCAGCUGCUGCUCAAAGCACUGGUGGUCGACUCGGCGCUCGUCUUCAACCUCAUGAACCGCAGCACACAGCAGAGGUCGGACGUGAUCGUCAACCUCAACGAGCACGUGGAAGCCGGCCACUUGCGCACAUUCGACAGAGUCUACAAGGACGUGGGUGGCCUGGCGGCGGCCGUUCGCUCUCAGCUGCUGCCGUCGCGGGACAAACGCACUCAAGCGGAGCGGACGCGCAGGCCAGACGGCCGCGACGAUGACAACCUCCGCGACUCCACGCGGGUCCCUGACAGGCACCCGCGACACGCUGCGCAGCCGCACUGGCCCGAACCCAUGGCGCCGCCGUUCUCAGUGGGAGGCGCCGAUCUGGAUCCUUUGGGGUCAGCAUCAGGUGGCGGCAUGAUGGCGGACCCUCUGCGAAUGGGCUACCCCCGCUCGGGUUUUGACCCAUCUGGUGGCAUCCCGGACAUCCUGCCCCCUGGUGCGGUGCCACCCGGCGCCCGCUUCGACCCGUUUGAACCCGUGGGACUCCGCCAGCCCGGGCCCGAUCCGGACCACCUUCCCCCGCCGGGCUACGACGACAUGUUCAUGUAGCCGCUUCCUGUCCUCUAGCCAAUCAGAGUCCAGCAGCUACUGUUGCCAGCAAAAUCAGGAAGCGCUGCAACUUGCCAAAAUGCAAUUUGGAAUUGGGAAGAACUGAAACAUGUCUUUGGUUUGACUCUCUCAAGAAACGUGGAAGGAAUUAGGAAAUAACAGGGCCCAGCCAUGGGGAGGCCUUUUUGAGACAAUUUUUAGCAGAAGAGAAAAU